AUGCAGGCACCAACAGACAUAGAUCCGCGCAAUCCUAUAGUAUUUUUUGAUAUUUCUAUUGGGAAUCAACCACAAGGACGUAUUAAAUUUGAAUUAUUUUCAAACACUCUUCCAAAAACAGCAGAAAAUUUUAGACAGUUUUGUACUGGAGAAACAAAGGGAUUAAAUGGUCGUCCACAGGGAUAUAAAGGUUCGAUUUUUCAUCGAGUGAUAAAAGAUUUUAUGGUUCAAGGGGGAGAUUUUAUUUAUGGCAACGGGACAGGAAGUACAUGUAUUUAUGGGUCACAGACGUUUCCGGAUGAGUCAUUUGUCCAUAAACAUGAUGCACCUGGAUUGCUAUCAAUGGCUAAUUCAGGACCUAAUACAAAUGGAUGUCAAUUUUUUAUUCUUACAAAGCCGGCGCCAUGGCUUGACGGAAAACAUUGUGUUUUUGGACGAGUUAUUUAUGGAUAUACAAUUUUAACAAAAAUGGAAAAUGUAGCAACAACAGGAACAAGUAACACACCUAAAAUUCCUAUUGUUAUUACAGAAUGCGGAGAAAUGUAA